UGUUGGCUCCAGGCAGAAGAAAAGACAACAGUAAUGCACCAGCAGACUAUUUUCAUUGUAUUGCAGCCAAGGAGGCAGUCCUAAACCCAAAGACUUCACAGAAUCGUCUUGUUAUAUUGAGAGCUGUGAGUCUUUAUGCUCUCAGGAACUUUCCAUAAUCUGACAUGAUUUGGAUCACAUUGGUUUGGCUUCAUGUUGUUCCACAUCUUUUUGCAUUACCAAACAUAACAGUGGAUAUAAACAAUACAGCACUCAAUGAUUUUGUUACAUUAGCUGAGAACUUUGAGGAUGGCUCUCUCCGGAAAUCGGAAGAUCACAGUGUCAGAGUUACUGGCAAAGAAAAGUGUCUAAUGCCGUGUGAAAUGACAGCAAAACUCAUAUGGGAUGAAAAGCAUUCAUGGUGCAGUAACCUCCAGCAUGGCAUGGCAGCACAUGCAAGGGGUACUAGAAAGCUGAUUAGAGAUCUAAUUGAUGAACAGCAAAAGACACUGGAAUUUCUCUCCAGCCAGGUAAUGGAACUUAUGAACAAAGUCCACUCUCUCAGCUCUGAGGUGCAGAGGAGCAACAGUGACAUGCUCUCCUUGAAACCUUUACAAGUUCAUGGAAGAGACUGUAGUGACAUCUUGGAAACACUUGGGACAGUAUCUCCCAAAAUUCCAAGUGGUAUUUACAUUAUUCAGCCAGAAAAUGCAGAUUUCCUGUUUGAGGUGUUUUGUGAGAUGGACUACAUGGAAGGAGGGUGGACAGUAAUACAGAGAAGGACAGAUGGCCUGACUGACUUUAAACAUGUGUGGUCAGACUAUCUGAAUGGAUUUGGACCUCUAUCAGGAGAACACUGGCUAGGUUUAAGGAAGUUGUUCAGAAUCAUUAGUCAGCGGAACACACGCUUCCAGCUGCACAUAUCCCUUAUUGCUCAAGAUGAAUCAACUGCUUAUGCUUCAUAUGACAGCUUCUGGCUUGAAGACGAAAGCAAAUUUUUCGCAAUACAUCUCGGCAGGUAUGCUGGAAGUGCAGGUGAUGCCUUUAGGGGAUACAACCAAGGGCAGAACCAGGACACGGCUCCUUUCAGCACCGCCGAUGUUGAUAAUGAUGGCUGCUUUCCAUUUUGCACUUUUGAUAACAAAUCAGUGGAGAGCUGCAGCAUACAUCACAAUAACACAGGCUGGUGGUUUAACCAGUGUGGCAAGGCAAACCUUAACAGCUCCCCUCUGGAUCAUGAUCGCUCUGUGCAGCCACACAUUCAUUGGGACACAUGGACUAAAAAUGGAGAACUAGUCAACAUUAAGUCUGUAACAAUGAAGAUUAGGAGAGUUGAAGGGUCAAACCUAAAAUAGGAUUUUUGCGACAUGAAGAUAAUUUUAGAUGUGAAAUAUUUACUAAUAAUGUAACAGAAUGUAACAGAAUGUAAAUCAUGGCAUUCUAUGUCAGUAAACAUACAGGCUCAAAAUGCUGGCAUUUAAAAGGUAUUUCUUUCAAGCAAAUAUGUCCAUGUGUAAUUUGUCCUUUUUAUGAACCCUGGUUUGCAAUGUUUGACUAAAAUGUCAGCAUUAACCCAUUAAAAUGUUUUAAUUGUUA